UGCUAGAAUUUACUCCUUUCCCUUUUUGUUUCAUGAGCAUAACGUGAUAAGCACAAUGGAAGCUGAUUAGAUGAAAUCAUAGCCGCAGAAAUCAAAAAGUUAACCACAGUAACCACCAUAUCCCGCCACCUCAACUACAGUGCUUUCGCCAUUGCUGACGUGUGCUUCUUCAAUCACCACCACUUGCAACUUGCAAACAUAAUAACCAUCACGCUACAAAAAAAAACACUUCCUAGUGUCAUCAUGCAUACAUAGGUUCCUGUCUUCGAUUUGGCAUACUCCCAUGAAAAUAAUAUUACCCAAAACUUAACUUUAACCUUAACCAACCAUCGUUUCCUUUGACCUGCCAACUGUACAUUGCUUUGUGUGCUUUGUGGCUCCUAUGAUGGGAGUCUCCGGCGCCGAUGACGACGUCGUUCAAAUCCAGCAUCCGAACAAGCCCGGCGACCCUUUCAUCGUCACCGUCAAUUGCCCCGACAAGACCGGCCUCGCUUGCGAUAUCUGCAGUAUCAUUCUCGAUUUCGGUCUCUGCAUUUUCAAAGGAGAUGUUUCAACCGAUGGUGUUUGGUGUUAUGUUGUGUUGUGGGUUAUUCCACAGUCCCUGUUGCUUCCCAUGAAUUCGUCUUAUCUGAUCCUCAAAGAACGACUUCAGGGAAUUUGUCCUCCUUGUUUAGCCUCCUUUUAUCUCGUCCAGCAGCCUUCCAGAUCUUCUCCUGUCUAUCUGUUGAAGUUCUGUUGCCUUGAUCGAGAGGGGUUGUUACACGAUGUAACAAAAGUGCUCUCGGAGCUUGAACUUACCAUUCAAAAGGUGAAAGUGACCACAACACCGGAUGGUAGAGUGUUGGACCUGUUUUUCGUGACAGAUAACAGGGAACUCUUACACACGAGAAAGCGACAAGAUGAGACAUGUGAAAGACUGAAUGCUGUUCUGCGAGACUCGUGUAUCAGCUGUGAACUUCAAUUGGCGGGUUCAGAGUAUGAAUAUAAUCAGGGUAUCUCUUCUCUGUCUCCUGGGUUAGCUGAGGAGUUAUUUCGAUGUGAGUUAUCAGAUAAUGAAGUUCGUUCUCAGGCUCUUAGCCCUGAUAUGGCGAAGUUGAAGAAAACCAUCGUAACACUAGACAAUUCCUUAAGCCCAGCUCACACGCUAGUUCAAAUACGAUGUGCUGAUCACAAGGGUCUUCUUUAUGACAUUAUGAGAACAUUGAAGGACAUGAAUAUAAAGGUAUAAUUUUCUCUACCAAGAUUAUUUGUAGCACGGU